UUUCUUUAAAUGUUUUUUAAUAACAACCCUGCUUUCUACACCAUCGGUACUACCUCGUCAAUUGUAUGUGACGUGUCAAUUAAUCUGCAAAUUUUAUUAUAGCGGUACUCGUGUCCAUAUUGAAAAAACUUUACUGCGAAGUACAUAAAAUAUGGAGGACGAAAGAGAUAUAAAUGAGAAGGGCAAUGAAAUACGUUAUUUGCGUAAUGAACUAGAUAGUGUUGAACAAAUGUGUACAACAAGAGGUACCACCACACGUGAUUUGGAUCAAUCGAAUGAUGUGGGUGUUCAGUUUCCUGAUCGUUUUGAGCAAGUACUUGCUUACAAGGAGUCCUUUAAAGUUAUUCGUUUAAUAAGUCCUAUUAAUGAUCCGCCAGAAUUAAUGCCGAUAGAGAAAAAUAUUGAAACAUUCACCCAGGAUAGGAGUGUUCAAAUAGAACCGAUAGCACAAACUGCGUUGGAUGAAGCUCGUUCCAUGUUAAGAUUUUUAGAUGAUAAAACCAAUCGAAUUGAUGAAGAAUAUAUGGGUAAAGAGAACUGUCUCAAAACAGAUUUUGAAGUAGAUUUGAAUUUAACCGAUGAAGUUGGGGUUUCCAAAAGAGAAAAAAGGAAAAGUAUUUUAAAGAAAAUUAAACGAAUCAAAAAAGAGCAGAAAAAAUUGAAACUAUCUUUCUUAAAGAUUCUAUCUCUAAAUGAUAAGAAUAAAAUCGCAAAGCCUGAUGUUCAACAAGACCAGAUGUUCAAUGGAGGCGACGAUAUAGAUAAUCUUGAUGAAAAUGAACAUAACGAAAUCGGUGUAGAUAUAGAAGCCAAUGGCAAUGUAACAUCUUCUAAGCAUAUGCAUAAAAUCACCGUUACUCCAUCUUAUAAAUCUGACGAUGACAUUUUUUUAUGCAAUGAUACCAUUGGAAUGGAUACAACAACUCUAAUCGAGAAUGAUGAAAAUAUAAGACUAGUGGGGGAAGAAAUUUGUGAACCAUAACCACUUACAGAAACACUGAAGCCGAUUUCUGAUUAAUAUAAAAGCGAAGAACAUACCGAUGGAAUCAUAGACGUUGAAUACUGUAUAUAAUAAUAU